GGGAAUUCCAUUGACGCUGGUUGAUAGCUAAACUCCCUCACCUCACAAGCGUGUUGAAGCUCCAACAAUGGCGGCUAAGCCCGUCAUGCUGCGAUUAGCCAGGCCCGUGUCAGCUGGCCUGCGCAGGCAGUUGCUUGCACAAGGUGUCUCAUCCCAACGGAGAACUUUCGCAGAGAAGAAGGACUCGAUUCGGAAGUCAGAUCCUGCGUUUAUGCCUGGUUCACAAAGUCCUGCAGCGCCAGUCAAGACCGAAGUGCCUCUAGGGCCCGGCGGUCCAGGAAGCCCGGCUCCUCCUCAUAUUCCGACUCCUGCGACACCGUCUUCCUCCUCUACGAUACCUCCUGAAAAGGUUCCCCUCGCUCCGCCUAGUCCGGCGAAAGUUCAAGCAGCUCCCCCAACGACUCCUUCGUCCGUAAGCCCUCCCUCAGAACCAUCGCCGCCUCCACCGCCUCCACCUUCCUCAAAGCCACUACCACCUCCUCGAAGACGCUUCAGACGACUGAGACUUUUAUUCUACCUUCUUUUGAUCAGCGGUCUGACCUACGGAGGUGGCGUAUUUUACGCUCUGAGAAACGACAACUUCCACGACUUCUUCACCGAGUACAUUCCAUUUGGAGAGGAAGCAGUCCUUUACUUCGAAGAGCAAUCGUUCCGGAAGAGGUUUCCUCAUGCGAAGCACAAUGCGAACAAAAUCGCCCGUCCAGACGGACCAGUCGAUGGCAAAUCAAAGACCAUCCCCCAACGAUCCGGCUUGUCAUGGAAAGCCGUGGACGAGGAACCCAAGGGCAGUGACCUGACACAGACAGGCAAGCACAAUAGUGCUCUCGAUGCUGGCAAGCCUGUAUCCAAAACAGACGCGACGCAGGCCAAGGGUGAUCCUGCCGGUGCUACGACCAAGGAGGCCAGUGGGGCUGUCCAGACUGCAAAGAAAGACUCUUCAGCUACGGAGGCGCCUCUCCCGAAGCACGACGAUGCCAGCGGUGCCAAGCCAGCGGCACCUGCAACCGUGUCUACAGUUCCAAGCCCAGCAACUCCCAGUCCGAAGUCCGAUCCCCGACCACCGGCCAUUUCUCCUGUGACCCAGAUCUCACCCCUGAAAGUGCCUAAUGCCGAGGAACCUGUGGUCCAGGAUCUCGUCAAAAUCGUCAACGACCUGAUCACAGUAGUCAACUCCGACUCCCCAGAUGCCGCAAACAAGUACUCCGCGCCCAUGACCAAGGCCAAGGAAUCUCUGGAGGAAGUCGCCAAGAAGAUCACGACUCUGCGAGAAGCGGAGCGAAAGGCCGCUGAAGAACGAGUCAAGGAAGCACACAAGGAAUUCGAUGAGAGUGCCAAGCAACUCCUCAAGCGUAUCGAGACGGCCCAAGCCGAGGAUGAAGCCAAGUAUCGGGAAGAAUUCGAGCAAGAACGCACCCGUCUUCAGCACGUCUACGAGGAGAAGCUCAAAACGGAAGUCGAGCGCAGCACUCAGCUCGUAGAACAGCGUCUCAAGAACGAACUCUCCGAGCAAGCCAUCGAGAUGAAGCGCGACUUCGUCUCCCAAAUAAAAUCGCUCGUCGAAUCCGAACGUGAAGGCCGUCUGUCCAAGCUAUCCGACCUGGAAAGCAAUGUCGACAACUUGACCGAAUUGACCUCGAACUGGAACGGUCUGAUCGACGCGAACCUCGCCACACAAAAACUGCAAGUCGCAGUCGACGCCGUGAAGUCUGCUCUCGACCGGUCCGCCGCCUCGGACGCCCGCCCUAAAGCGUUUGUUCGGGAAAUGGCGGCCCUCAAGCUCGCCGCGGAAGGUGACCCGAUCGUUGACGCGGCCAUCGCCUCCAUCAACCCUCAAGCCUACCAGCGCGGCAUCCCCAGCCAGCCCCAGCUGAUCGACCGCUUCCGUCGCGUGGCCACGGAAGUGCGCAAGGCCAGCCUUUUGCCUGAAAACGCGGGCGUGGCGUCUCAUGCGGCGAGCCUGGUCUUGUCCAAGGUUUUGUUCAAGAAGCACGGCCAGCCCACGGGGACGGACGUCGAAAGCGUUCUCACCCGCACCGAGACUAUGCUUGAGGAAGGAGACCUCGAUGGCGCGGCGCGUGAGAUGAAUUCUCUGGAUGGCUGGGCCAAGGUUCUCAGUAAGGAUUGGUUGGGCGAUGUGCGCAAGGUUCUCGAGGUGAAGCAGGCCCUGGACGUGAUUGAGACGGAGGCUCGGUUGCAGUGUCUUAGGGUAGAAUAGGUUGGUGUGUCUAGUGGAAGAGAAAAAAAUGGGUAUAUGUACUGGCACUGGUAACUCUUUACGCCGCCCGUCCGUCCGUGUCGACAUGAAGCCUACCGGGCAAGCUUGAGCUUGAGCUUCUGCCUUUUCGUAAGCAAGCGAAAGAAGAUAUAAAAGAAAGAUUGGUCUUGUUCAUGUUCAUGUUCAUGCCCAUAGGUACAGCGUAGUACGAGCGCAUAGUAGAAAACCCCAUCGCCAAAGGAUUAAGACCCUUACAGUAUGAACCGUUCUUCGCAUGUUCGAGGUUCGCCAUGACUAUCGAUAGCGGAACGCGAGCAUCUUUGACAAAGGCCAGAUUUACGGACACGAAGAGAGGAGAAGGUUGUGUGCUAAUGACACAAGAGCUGAGAGCUGAUUACCAGGUAUCAGUCGAUGGUGAGGGUGAAUGACUACAGC